CGCGGAGGAAUCCUAUCGCUGACUGUGAUGAUGAGUAACGCAGACCAGAGCGUGGACGAUCAGAGGAGCUGAUGUGCAGCAACUAAGACCAAGAGUCAAGCAUCUCGAGUUUUAACAGAAUAGCACCAUCUGCAAACAGAUGAGCGUCUGAAAUGCCCUUGCUCGCACUGAUGUAUUCGGUUACUAUAUCCUUAACUUUACUGUUUUCUAUGCGCGUAAUCGAGAUCAUCUGUCCGGAGUCGACAUUUACUGCUCCGGUAACGGAUUGAUCCACAUUUCUCAUUCCCAUUUUACGGCAUGACAUGUAGAUAAUCAUCCGAUACUUUUGAUGGGGCUCCUGAGGAUCAUGAUGCCACCCAAGUUCCAGCUGCUCGCCGUUAUGGCGUUUGGAGUGGCGAUGCUGUUUAUUGAGAACCAGAUUCAGAAGCUGGAAGAGUCUCGGGCAAAGCUGGAGCGCACCAUGGCCAGACACGAGGUGCGAGAGGUGGAACAGAGACAGACACGGGACGGCUUGCGGGACUCUCCUGCAUUGCCUGAGAUUGAGGAUCUGAUCAUCAUCUAUAACCGUGUGCCCAAGACUGCCAGCACCUCCUUCACCAACAUUGCAUAUGACCUGUGCGGAAAGAACCGUUUCCAUGUUCUCCACAUCAACACCACCAAGAAUAAUCCGGUCAUGUCCCUGCAGGAUCAGAUGAGGUUUGUAAGGAAUGUGACAUCCUGGCGAGAAAUGAAACCAGGUUUCUACCACGGCCAUGUCUCCUACCUGGACUUCACGAAGUUCGGAGUGAAGGGGAAGCCGGUUUACAUCAACAUUGUACGAGACCCUAUCGAGAGGUUGGUGUCUUACUACUACUUUCUCCGAUUUGGAGAUGAUUAUCGGCCAGGUCUCAGGCGGAGGAAGCAGGGGGACAAAAAGACGUUUGAUGAGUGUGUGUCAUCAGGAGGUUCGGAUUGUGCUCCUGAGAAGCUUUGGUUACAAAUCCCGUUCUUCUGCGGCCAUUACUCUGAGUGCUGGAAUGUUGGCAGUAGCUGGGCUCUCGAGCAGGCCAAGUAUAAUUUGGUGAAUGAGUAUCUGCUUGUGGGAGUGACUGAGGAGCUGGAGGAUUUUAUCAUGAUGCUCGAGGCAGCCCUGCCACGUUUCUUCAGAGGAGCGACUGAGCUGUACCGCACAGGCAAGAAGUCUCACCUGAGGAAAACGAGCGAGAAGAAACCUCCCACUAAAGAGUCCAUCUCAAAGCUGCAGCAGUCCAACAUAUGGAAGAUGGAGAACGAGUUCUAUGAGUUUGCACUGGAACAGUUUCAGUUUGUGCGCGCUCACAGCGUCAGGGAAAAAGACGGCGAGCUUUACCUGCUGGCUCAGAACUUCUUUUACGAGAAAAUCUAUCCAAAAGUAAACUAGAGUUGACAUUAGCAUGGCCCAACUGUCAUUUGGCCUGUCCAUGUACUGUUCUGUGUCGCUUUCACUGGGAAGAGAAGAAGACAUGCCUGGAAGAGGGGCUAAGGGUUCUAGAGUAUGUUUUUUGAGAGACUUCACACAAGUGCUGACUGUGACUCUCGAUAUCAAGCCUAAAUCUUUUUUAUGUACUUUCAGAGCAGUUAAAACAUUUGUAACAUCUACAUAAAAUGUUCAUCAUGCCUUCCAAAAGAAAAUGACAGAACCACUUUGGCCAUCAGUCACUGUUGUGAAAAAUCAAUUCUGAACAGGGUCAAAAGGGUACUGCUUUUGGUACCAGACGUCUGGUACAUCAGGAGCACCUCUUUAUUUUAAUACUAACUGUGGUUUUGUGAAUUAACUCUUUCUUGCAUUGUGAAUACUACAUUUUAAUAGAAUGCCAUGAACAGUGUUUACAGACUUUAGUAAAAGUAUUGUAGCCAGAGUUUAGAAUGUGGUAAAACAGAUUUCAUAUCUGUAAAAAUUGUAUUUAUAUGUAUAUUUUAUGUAAUUGGACCAAAUGGUUGUAAGAAAUUCAAAGUUGUAGAGUUUUAAAUCAUAGUAGUUAUUUAGAAAACAGACUUUUUUGGGUGGAUGGAUCCCACUGGUGCUUGCUUUAUUUUCUAUCUCUCCUUUCUUUCUUUUUUUCUUUUUUUUCCUCUCGUUCGUUGUAUCUCCUGAAGAUUCUAAAAUAAUGAAACGGAAUAGUUAAACUUUAAACUGACCUCUAAGAUGAACUUUUAUCUUUCAUUGUUCAACUACACAGACUGUUUAGGACAGGCUGAAGUAUCAUCAUAUAGCAGAAUACUGACUUAAGGUAACGUGGUCUCAACGGUCUACAGAAAUCCUUAUUAUACUGCAUUUUACCUGAAGAUUAAAAAAGAAAGAAAGAGGCUCAAAUCAACAUUAGUUGUACACUCAAUAGUGCCUUCAUGAAUCAUUCAUUCCACCCUGGUUUCAGCAGUUGUUCAGAUCAUUUCAACAAAGACUGUAUUUUAAAUUGGUUUAAAAACUGCCAGCUCUCCUUCUUUAUUUGCAUUUUGUUUUUGUUUUUCUGCAUUUUUUUUUUUUUUUUGAUAAAUUGUCUCAAAGCAUUUCAAAUAAACGUUUCUGUCUGCGA